AUGGCAGAUGAGAAACCGGACAAGGAUGAAACCCGCAUCAAAUGGCAGGCUGUUGACGAAGAGACGGGGAAUGCAUCAUCAAGACAGCAGCAGGCGGCCCCAAGGCAGCAGCUCACGCGUACUCUCUCGUCGUCCUCUAGCUUUUCUAUUCGAAGUGCUGGCGGGCGGACUACUGUAGACCCCGGUGUGACGCUUCCCAUUCACUAUCGCAGCGUUUCGUUCGAUAUCGACGAUGCUAAGCUGCAGGAGCAGGCUGAGACUGCCAAAGCCAGGAACGAUAUCACCGCUGAGCUCUCCAACAUCGAAUGGCAUAACCUGUCUGUCGUGGAACUCCAGAAACGAUGGGAGGUUGACGCCUCCCUGGGUCUAUCGUCUGACCAGGUCCAACAACGCUUCAAUCAAUACGGAAAAAAUGUGAUGUCGCCCAUCCCCCGUGGCUGGUUUGGACAGAUAUUCGGAUAUUUCUUCAAGGGAUUCGGCGCUAUCCUGCUUGUUGGCUGUAUCCUGGUGUUCGUAUCGUGGAAGCCCCUCGGCGACCCACCGGCGCCUGCAAACCUUGCCUUGGCCAUUGUCCUGCUCGCGGUGUUUUUCAUCCAGGCGGGGUUCAAUGGCUGGCAGGAUUGGUCUUCGUCUCGCGUCAUGAAUUCUAUCACGGCUAUGCUUCCGGAAAGUUGUAUUGUGUUGCGUGAUGCUUCGCAGGCUUCUGUGACUGCGCCAGAUAUCGUGCCCGGUGACAUUGUUUAUAUCAAGGCGGGAAACAAGCUUCCAGCAGAUGUUCGGUUUAUCGAAGUGUCAAAUGAUGCUUGUUUUGACAGGUCUAUUCUUACUGGAGAAUCGCAACCCAUCAACGGCACGGUGGAUUCCACCGAGGAUAACUAUCUCGAAACACACAACAUAGGCCUCCAAGGAACCCAUUGCGUAUCUGGAAAUGCAAUGGCAGUCGUCGUCUCUACAGGUGACUCAACCGUCUUUGGUCGCAUUGCUAAGCUUGCCAGUGAGCCAAAGAAAGGCUUGACCACCUUGGAACAGGAAGUCUUGCGGUUCGUUGGGCUGAUUGUGGCCAUCAUGGUUACUAUGAUCAUCGUCGUUAUUAUCGUCUGGUCUACCUGGCUGAGAAAGGAUCACCCCGACUGGAUCAAUGUGUCGACUUUGAUCGUCGAUUGUGUCAGUGUGGCUAUUGCGUUUAUUCCAGAGGGUCUCCCCAUCGGUAUCACGGCGAGUUUGACGAUUACGGCAAAUAUCAUGAGGAAGAACCAGAUCUUGUGCAAGUCUCUCAAGACUGUUGAGACGCUUGGCGCUGUUAAUGUCAUCUGCAGCGACAAAACUGGCACAUUGACACGAAACAAAAUGUUUGUAACCGAUUGUGCUCUUUCAACGACAACAUAUACCCCCGAGUCUGCCCGCGACGAGAUGGUUGUCAAGGGCAAGCCAUCUGGCAUCCAUCAACUUCGUGCAAUGUCCGGACUUUGCAAUGCCGCCGAAUUUGACGCCGCCGCAUUGAAUCUACCUCUACACGAGCGCCCGAUAUUCGGCGAUGCUACUGACCAAGCAAUUCUCCGACUGUCUGAGACCCUUGGAUCCGUCGCCAAUUUACGCCAGAUGUGGAAAAAGACCUAUGAAUUGGCGUUCAACAGCAAGAACAAGUUCAUGAUUCGGACAUUUACUCUAAAUGAGUCCAGUGGUCUCGGGUUGGCUUUGUCGCCCGCAGAGUCUAUCAACUUCAGACCUGAGGAUAUUCUUUUCACGAUUAAAGGUGCUCCAGAUAUUUUGAUAGGACGGUGCUCUCAAACUAUUGCCGCCGAUGGCAGUGUCCAGGAUCUCGAUCCAGAGUCUUUGAAUGCAGUCAAACAGCUUAAAGAUAAAUGGUCCAGUGAAGGAAAACGCGUCAUUCUACUUGCUCGCAAAGCGAUACCCGCCAAGGAUAUCAUGGCAUCUCCCGGGUCUUCUGAUUACGAGUCUGAGGUUAUGAAACACUCAAAAUCCGGUCUUGUUUUGGUUGGUAUUGUUGGUAUUGUUGACCCUCCGCGCGAGGAGAUCCCCGGUGUUGUCAAGACACUCCGACGAGCAGGCAUUAGAAUAUUCAUGGUCACUGGAGAUUUUGGCCUGACUGCACUCGCUAUUUCCAAACAGUGUGGCAUUGUCUCAUCAUCUAGUCGCGUCGACGACAUCACGGCUCUACAGCGCACUGCAACCGGCCACGAAGUUGUUGAGAAGCAACAGGACUCGGCCAUUGUGAUCAGUGGGCCCGAGCUGAUGUCUCUGAACAACAACCAAUGGGACCAACUAUGCAAGUAUCCGGAAAUCGUCUUCUCGCGCACCACACCCGAGCAGAAGCUACGUAUAGUCAGAGAGUUGCAAGCACGCGACCAAGUCGUCGGCAUGACUGGCGACGGCGUCAACGAUGCCCCGUCUCUAAAGGCGGCGGAUAUCGGUAUCGCGCUGGGCAGUGGGUCCGACAUUGCAAUUGAGGCCGCUGACAUGGUCCUGCUCGACUCGUUUUCGGCAAUUGUCGAGGCAGUCCAAUACGGUCGCGUGGUGUUUGACAAUCUCAAGAAAACCAUCAUUUAUCUGCUUCCGGCCGGCUCGUUUUCUGAAUUCUGGCCCGUGUUUACAAACGUUGUCUUUGGUCUGCCGCAAGUGUUAUCGUCGUUUUUGAUGAUCAUCAUUUGCUGCUUCACCGACUGUGCUGCGGCGACGGUCCUCGCAUACGAGAAACCAGAAGCAGAUGUCCUGUUGCGGCCACCGCGUAACCCGAAAAAGGACCGGCUCGUUGACUGGAAGCUUAUGCUGCAGUCCUACGGUGUUCUCGGUAUGAUCGAGACGCUCUGCUCGUUCUCCAUGUCGUACUGGUAUCUGCAGCGCAAUGGCAUCCCUUUCUCGACACUGUGGUUUGGAUUUGGCGCUGUGCCGGAUGGCGUCAGUGAGGAUUACUACACUGCUAAACUGAACGAGGCUUCGUCGAUUUACUUUAUCAAUCUGGUUGUCAUGCAAUGGUUCAACCUCAUGGCAAUCCGCACCCGCCGUUUGUCCAUCUUCUCGCACCCCCCUGCUUUCAACAAGGAAACUCAGAACUUGCUGCUCUUCCCUGCAAUCGCUUUUGCGCUGUGUAUUGCCGUCCUCUGGCUAUAUAUUCCUCAGUUGCAGACUGUGCUCGACACAUCGAGCGUCCCGGCAGAGCAUUAUUUCUUGCCGGCGGCAUUUGGGUUGGGAAUCCUUUUGCUUGAUGAGUUGAGAAAGGCCGGUGUCAGACGAUGGCCGCAGGGUGUGUUGGCAAAGUGUGCCUGGUAG